AAUGAACAGCCAGAGCAAACAGACCUCAGUUUAUCAGGAAAUAAAUCUUCAUCAAAAUCAUCCAUAUCACCAAUAAGAAAAUCACAACUCAGGGAUGUUCAAUUUCAUCAACAUUGCCUUAGAAGAUAUUACAGACUUAAACCGUCUAAUUGGAACUGUACCUCCAGAAGUGCCCUCCAUCUCCUUAAACGAAAAUAUAAUUCAAUCAAACUUUUAUUUGAGAAAGAACCAAUCAUUUGUUUGAAGAGGCUGAAACUUCCGAACUCUCAUGUACGUUCAGUCACUGAAACAUAUGGUGUUGAAUCAAAAAUUAAAAGUGAGUGUAUGAAAAGAUUUUCACCGUGGACUACCACAGUGAAAUCUGACUCAGAGAGUGAAACUCCUGUUAAUGGGAUUAGAAGCAACAAAACUUUGAUGCAGGUACAAAGUACUAAUUCAGGGAUUGUUACUGACAAUUUAGUUGACCCUCGCGUAAUGUCAUUAUCAAAAACAUUACAAAGUACAAAUAAUGGAAAGGUUGGCCUUGAGAAAAUUUUUAAGAAUUACAAUAGUAAAGCAAUAAAGAGUAAGAAGAAAGAAAAUGAUUCAAAGUCACAUAGUAAUUCUUUGAAAAAGAAAGGAAAGCCUGAUUGGUUGAAAUGGAAAGAGAAGUUAAAAGAAGCAAGCAAUAGAAUGGUGGAAAGAAAGAAAGGUGGUUUAGACAUUGAAAAGAAUAUAAAUACAUUUCCUAGUAGUUUCAUAAAGAAUAGUCCACCCAGUAUCCUACAUUUUAGAAUCCCUCUAAAAUCUAGCAAUAAAUCUAAGUCUGAAGAAAAUACAUCCUUAAGCAAAGACAAUAAAUCUGAUUCAUCAACUGCUGAAGAAAAUGAAACAAGCUCAAAAGAUCUGCAUAAAAGUGAUACUUUAGAACAUGACUUAAAAAAACAAAAAGUGAAUAAAAAUGUAGAUGAAGAUGAAUUGAAUGUUUUGAGAGAAAUAGAUGAAGAACUGACAUUAGAAGAAUAUGAAACAGACAAAGUAAUAACAUAUUCAAUAAAUGGCUAUUCUAUUGAAAUAAGCAGAGAUUCUCCUAUAGAUACGCCUAUUAAUGAGAAUAAAAAAACAUCUGUUAAAAGUGAAUGUUUUGAUGAAGAUGAAAUGAAUAAGAUUUUGUAUGGAGAUAAUUUAGAUGAAGUGACUUUAGAUUGCCACACCAGAAAUGUGCAGGAACAUUUUAAUGACACCGAUGCUGGUUUGACAGUGACAAGUGACAUUAUUCCAAACCUUUAUGCUCAAGAUGAACUCUUUGUUACAGAUAAUGAUAGUUUUUCAUGUAACAUAGAUAAAUCCCCACCAGUAUUAGAAAGAUCAGAAUAUAACACUGAAACUAGUGCUAAUGAAAGUGAAAACACUUACAUUGUUCAAGUUAAUGAAGAUAAUCAAGGCUUUCGUGAAACAGAUGAAAUGGUAGAGGAAGAUAUUGAAAGUUGCGAUAGUAAAAGUGAAACUGUUCUCUCUGAUAAUGUUAAUGGUAUGGAUAAUGAAGAGUUAACAGAUACAAAUACUAAAAAUGAAUUAGGGUUUUUAAGGGACAGUGAAUGUGAAAUUGCUGAUGAUACAAAUGUUGAUAAGCCUCCAAUCACCACUGUAUCAUCUGGUGAAUUUAAUGAGAGCUUAGUUGAACAUGAAGACAAUCAUGCAAUAUUAGAUAUGGAUGUUGAUAGUGAUGAUGAAAACGAUUCUUUAUCAUUAAUUAUUGAAAAUGUAUGCACAUUAAGUGAAUUUGAUAAUGAUCCAGAGGAAUUACUUGAUAAGAGGGAUAAUUUUACAACAGAAGAAGCGGAUUGUGAAAAUACCAUGUGUGUGAAAGAUACUAAGAAUUGUGAUAUUUCCUCAGAUGAGAACAUAGAAUUGGUCAGAAACGAAACUGAAACAAAUAGUGAAGAGUCUUUAGACAGUUCAGGUUUUCCAGUGAUGAAGGAUUAUAGAAAUGAAAGUCAGGAAAAAGGGGAUAUGCGAUCAGGUUUGAACGAGGACAAUCCAGACAGGAAAUGCAGUACAACUGAUGAAGAAUUCCUGGAGUCUGAAAUAGAAAGUGUGCCUUUGGAUUCAAAGAUAGCAGAUUCCCAAUCAUAUGCAGUAUCAAGUGAAAAAAUAUCAAAAAGUAAUAUUUACACAGAUAAAAGUAAACCAAAUACAUCAAUAGAAGCUAAGGAUAUUGAAUCAAAACUUAGAUCAAAAACUAAUGACAAUAAGAAUAAGCCUCCUGAAAAGAGUGCAGCAGCAGUAAUGGAAGACCUUGAGAAAAUAUUGAAAGAAAUGACAUCAAAACAGUCAGAUCAAACAAGGCCUGUGAAAAGCUCAAGUAAAUUUGAUAAGGGGGAUCAAAUUUUACAUAUUAACCAAAAGGUGUGCAAUAUUGCAAAGUCAAUGGUUCUGAAAAGGUGUGCCAGUAAAGAUUGGAAUGCAGCUGAAACAGUUGAUAAAGUCCCUGACAAUCAAACAGACAAUGAGAAUGUCAUGACAGGUAGUGAAUCGUGCAUCAAAGAAGAUUCUGCAAAACAAAGUGACAGUGCUAAUAGCUUGAACGCACCAGAACUUGACACUAUUAUCGGAAGUGCAAUGCCUGAUCUCAGUAUUAAAAUAACAAAUGUUAACGACACAAUUGAAAGUGAAACAAGACAAGAGACUGGUGAAUGUACUCCUGAUUCUAUCGCUUGUGUCUUGGAUGACACAGAAAAUAGGGAUAAUGAGAUGGGUGAUGUUGACCUUGUUAAAGAUUCUGAAAAUUUUACUGCAGUAUCCGAAGAAAGGGAUAAAUGUGCAGAGGAAAUGACCAAAGAAGUUGAACCAAGCAAAACUGAGCAAAUAAAAUCGAGAAAAAGAAAGAUAUCUUCAGAUAUUCAGACCAGUUUUGAAAAUCCGCAUUCUUUACCUGAUGAGAAUAUGGAGCAAGCAGACGAAAGGAUUAUGUGUGAUUUUCCGAACCAUAACUGGUUGUUCAACAAGUAUAAUAUCAGUGAAGUAAGGCCGGAAAAGGACCACCCAGUCAAAGAUGUCAAAGGCAAGAAACAGAGAAAGGAUGACAAAGACCUGACAAAACAUUCCAAAGAAGUAAAAUACAGACGAAAAUCUACAGCAAACAUUUUACCAACCCAACUAAAACAAAGUAGAAGCAAGAGUGAGAAUUUCCCAGAAAGUCAAAACUACCACAAAGAAGGUAUUUUACCAACCCAACUAAAACAAAGUAGAAGCAAGAGUGACAAUUUCCCAGAAAGUCAAAACUACCACAAAGAAGGUAUUAAGAUCAAAUGGAAGAAGGUCAAGAAAAGGAACUCCCUUAGUGACAGUGUGAAUUUUGACGAGAAAAUUGAGCGAAUUUCCGAGAAAGUUGUGGAUAGGACAGUUGAUAAAGAUAAAAGCGUUGUAAAUGUUUCUAGUGGCUUUGAACUGGUUGAUAGUGGAUCUAAGGAUAAUGGCUUAUGUGUUAAAACUACACUUUCCUCUAUAUGCUCUAAAAGCAUUAAUACAACAGCUGGUGCCGCACUGUUAAAUACUGUUAAUCUGUAUAGCACGGCUAUGAAUAUUAACCAAAGUAGGACUAGUUAUAAAAGUUUGAACCAUAAAAAUGUGCACGAUUUGUAUGUUAAUGAUGUGGAACAUUGUAAGAUGUCGUCGGAUUUGAUAUUUGAAAAAUCUAAAGAGUUAGUUGACAAUAUGGGUGUGAGAACUGACUUGACACAGAUAGAGAGUAAGAAUGACAGUGACAGUUUGGAGAAAACGAUUGACACGGGAUUAAGUGACGUUGAUGAUGAAGAUGACGACGAGAAACUUCAGAUUGACGAAACAGUGUGUACGGAAGAUGUGACUGAUAUAGAGAAGUCGCCAACGUUAAAUACUGAUCAAGCAGAAUUAGGUGAACACAUUUCAACAACUGAUUUAGAUGAGAGAGUAGAGAAUGUGGAGAAAGCAGUAGUAACGGAUGAAGAUGCCCUCAAUGUGACGGAAACAACGUUGACCUCUGUCAGUAAAAACUGUGAAACAACUGUUGCGUCUGCAUGGUCACCUUCGUGUACUGGUUUAGAUACUAAACCUGAAACAGCUUUGACAACUGAUUUAACUACGUCAACACCGGACGUCACACCUGCUGUAGUUGUACCUUCAAAGAACACCGGACUUCUAGAUUCGGUUAAAUCUGAAUCUGGCUGUAUCAGUUUUAGGCCACGGGCCAAGCCGCCCGUACAGCUGGUGCACCCACAAGUCCACAAACCUCCGACUGGAAAAGUAAAGCUAGAAGUAACACAGGAGAUUCAAACCCACGUCUCCCUUCAUGCUGUAGAAAAUAAAGAGGAGUCCGAAGCUUUCUCAUCACAUGUUGAAAUACAUCAGGCUGAUUCCGGAGUUAGGCCGGGGCAAGUUUCCAAAUCGGAUCAAAUUAGGUCAAAUGUUGACCCUUCAGUGACCUUUGCAACAAAUAGUCAACUUUCAACUUCACAGAUACCUGUGACAGUAUUAUCUACAUUGGCACAGCUUUCGACAGGGAGUAUCACUGUGACAAGCACAUCUGCGUCCAACUUUGGAAAUGGAAUGGUUAUACCCAUUCAACCAUUUGUACAAAAUAUUCGAAAUACAUUACAACCAGGAAGAUAUAUACAAAGUAUGCCACAGCUUCAGUCAAGUAUUGUUCAGAUUCAAUCAUCCAGUAUUAAUCCACUAUGCCAGCAAUCCUCGCCAGUGCAUAUCCAAAAUCAGUUAAUACCGAUAACAAUAUAUCAGGCCGGAAACCAGACUUUGAUCUCUAAUUAUACUUACAGUAAUGCUGGUUCCGAGCACAUAGCGUCUAAUCAAUCUGCUAGUAUUAUUCAAGGACAACCAAUGAAUUUGAAUAUGAAUCAAACACAGAUGAAUACUUCUCCAGUACAAAUUCCGAUUUGUCGACCAGUAAAUUCAGCACCUCCUCCUCUACUUAUUCUACCCAAACCUUCAAAUUUAUCACCUUUAAGUCAGCAGUCUAACCAGUCUUACCAAACUAAAAAGGUACAAUUAUCUUAUAAGAAACAAAAGAUGUCUCCCUCUAAGUAUCGAAAUAACACCAAAGAGAAAAAAGAAGAGACUGAAGAUAAGAAUUUAAAACAGACAGAAGAAAAGUCAGGUCUAAGUGAAGAACAAUUUGAUAGUGUUAUUGAUUCUAAACAAGAUCAUUCAAGUUUUUCAGGGGAAAAAGGGUUGCCUGCUGGGAACUCCGAAAAUACUGAAGAAGAAGUUGAUGAUGAAAUUAAAAAGCAGAUGGAGGAAUUGGACAAGGAAAUCAAGAGAAAGGAACAAGAACAAGAAGAAAUGAGGAGGAAAAAGAUAGAGCUUCUGGAAAAAAUGAAACAAGCAAAAAGUAAUAGUAAAUUAAAGGAAACAGGAACUGAAGUUUUGAGUGAUGAUAAAUGUGAAAAAGAAAAAGAUAGUAAUGAACUUUCUGAUAAUGGUGAUAAAAAAGAAAUUAAUGAAUCAACUAAAUCUGCAAAAGGAGAAAUAACGGAUGUAAAGAAAACAGUUCCAAACAUUGAAGAAAGUGAAAAAGAUAAUGAAAUGCCUUGCAAAGAUGUAGUGCUAUCAGAAGUUGUUGAAGAAGUGGAUGAUGAUGAUGUGUUUGAUUCUGAUACUCCUGUAGAUCUCUCUGUUGCUUUAAAAUCUAACAAAAUAAGUAAUUUCUCUAGAGAAAAUUUAUCUUUAACUGUUUCUGAUGGUAUAAUUUCCAUCACAGAAACUAACAACAAUGAGGACUCUCUUUUAUCUGAUAAUGUUAAAGAAACUAAAAGUAAUUUAGACAAAGAAAAUGAAAGUGAAUAUGAGUGUUUUGAUGAAGAAAAUUCUGCUAUUGUAGAUAACUACCCAGAAAAUAAAUGUGAUGGAAUUAAUUACAUAGAAGACAUUGGAUUGGUUAAUCCAUUCACUGGUGAAUAUGAAAUAAACGAGGAUGUAGAAGGUGUUGAGUAUCUAGAUUUAUCAACAAAUAAAGCUGAGGAUACCUCAAAAGAUGAAGAAUCGGAAAUAUAUGAUGAUACUAAAAAUGAAGAAAAUGUGGAUUCAGAAGAAAUAUCUGAGAAAAAAAGUGUAGAUAGUAACUUAGAAAUGCAAUCCGAAGAGGAAAAAACGGAAGAAAAAGAUAAUAAUGAUCCUGUUGAGAAUAUUUCUAGUGAAGAAUUGAAAACAAAAAAGACACCAGUCUCUUCAUGUACUGUGACACCUUUAACAAGUGUAACAGGAAACAUUGACCAGUCAUCUGUUAACUCAAUAACCUGUCCCAUGACAUUGAACUCAGUCAUUACAUCAAGUGAUUCAUCUGUUGUAUCAACAGUAACAUGUUCAAUUGUAGAAAGAUCAUUACAAUUAAGUAUGUCUUCAGCCACAAAAUCAUUGAUCUCUUCAAUAUCAUCUAGUAGUAUUAUUAGUUCCAAAGAAAGUUCAAUAAACAAUAGUUGCAAUGUUGGAGAAUUCCCAUUGAAUUUGGAAAAAAAUAAAUGUUCAUCUAGUCAGAAAAGUCCGACAUUCCUGGAAAAAGUGUUUCAUAGUGAAAUAAGUAAUAAUAAAUCUUCUGACUGUGAUUCAAAUGUGCAAAGAAAAAACAUACCAGAACCUACUAGAAGUGAGGCUUUACAGCCCAACAAUAUCGGACCACCAAGUCAAUGUAUGAAUAAAAUGAAUUCUAAGGAAAACAUACCUCAGAGAAGUGAGGGACAAAUUACCAACCUACCUGUUGCAAAAAAUACUAUACCUCAGUUACAGUUAUCUACACCUAAUAUACCUCCUGGAGGAAGUUUCUCCUCAUGUAAAAAAUCAAUGCAUAAGCAAGACCAACAAUCAUUUGCUCAAGGAAAUAAUUUCAAUUUGGAAACUGCAAAACAAAUGGCACAAAAGCAAAACCAUGGCAUUAAUUCUGAUGUAUAUAGGUCUAGAGGACUUGCUCAACGUAGAGGAAGAGAAAAGUUUGUCGAAUUGAAGCCUGCUCAUUACAGGUCACCACCAAGAAAAAUCCAUAAAGGUGAAAAACCACAGCCAGCUCAUAACCAAAGUCCUACAUCAAGAGAAACAAUGAAAAGAAUGUGUAAAAGUACAUCAAUUCACCCUCCGGUAUCAUAUAAAACAACUCCAUUUCUUAGGAAAAAGAACCCUGUAUUUCUUAGCCCGAAGGAGAUUUUGAAACCUUUUCCAAGAAUUUGGGAAAAAAGACCCCCGAAACCAGCACAUAACAAGAGACCUUUUGGAAUUGCUGGGCAUUUGAUUGUUCAAUCAGCACGUAAAUAUAGAAAACGAGAAGUAUCAGGGGAUUGGACUCCAUCACCUAGGUUUUACAGCCUUCCAAGUACACCAACAUCAACAGGCACUACACCACCCAGGGCAACUUCAGUUGAUUUUCAUGGAAGUAAUAGUCCACUUCAUUCACCUUCUGAUACCCAGGUAAGUGUGCCAUCAACAUCAGGUGUUUCUUCAGUAUCUCCACAAAAAACAAUCGAUCACCAUGGUGCUCAAGUUGGUUUACCAUCCCCCAUCAGAGCUCAUUGCAGGCCUAGAUCACUUGUUACAAGUAACCAGUUUUAUGAAACUAGUGUCUUACGACCUCCAGCAUUGUUAAGAAAUUCAAAACCUGUAGAAAAUGACUCGGGACCUGACGUUAUAGAAGUUAUUGAUCUAACUGCUGAUAUUCCUAGUAAAAGAUCAAAUUCAGCACCUAGACCAGUUGAGAGUCCUAAAAGUAAAGAAAGAGCCAUACAGAAGGAAUUACACCAGGCUGUGUCCAAAAGACAGAGAUUGGACAAUGCUGAAGCACCUGCUACUGAAAAAAUCAACAUUGCGGGUCGAAAUGCAGCUGGAAGGCUUCAGCAACAGCUACUAGGUCAAAUAAAUGCCAGGCAGCGUUUGAUGCCACCUCCUCCCUACACUGGUCGUCAGAGAAUGCCAGUUCUAGUUCAGGUUCCAAGACAACCAAUGAUGGACCAACAACCCAGAAUGAUGUAUGCCAGAAGAAUGGAUCCCCAGUUUGACGAGAAGCGUAAACAUAUGGCUCAAAAUGUAGUGCAAUCAGAGGCACAGAUGUUUCAAAAACCUCCAGAAAUGGUUCAAGUUGUUCAGCAAGUUCGUCCACAGGUUUGGCCUGCUAAUUAUGUGGUUCCCACUCAAGAAACAAGACAAUAUGGGCCUACUCAUUCCCAAGAAAUUGGUGUAGGAAAUGAGCAUAUGGUUCCAAACCAAGAAGCAAGUCAUUUGCGGAUGGCUCCAAGACAGUUGUAUCCAGGAAGAGGGCCUGUGCAAACAAGUGAUGGCGCUAACAUAGGCUACACAGGUAAUCCAAGGAUGCAGCAUCCAGAUCCUGGUCAUAUGAGCAGUAUACCACAGACAGGUUAUCCUAUCAGAGGGCAAAGUAUGCCAACUUAUACAACAACACAGAAUCAAACUCAAAUACAUCAGUUGCUACAGCAACCACAUGCAAGCUCCCAGAUGAUGCAGAGGGGAAAUAUCAGUCCUCAAAUGAUGCAGAGGGAGAGAGUUGAAACAAACCCUCAACUUUUACAAAGAGAAGUGAGCCCUCAAAUGAUGCAGAGGCGAGAAAGGAGCCCUCAAAUGAUGCAGAGAGGUGAAAUCAGCCCUCAAAUGAUGCAGAGGGGUGAAAUCAGCCCACAAAUGAUGCAGAGGGGUGAAAUCAGCCCUCAAAUGAUGCAGAGGGGACAAAUUAGCCCUCAAAUGAUGCCAAGGGGACAGAUUAGUCCUCAAAUCAUGCAAAGGGGAGAGGUUAGUCCUCAAAUCAUGCAAAGGGGAGAGGUUAACCCUCAACUCAUGCAGAGAAGAAUGACAAGCCCUCAAUUCAAUAGUAGUGUUAGUCCACAUGCAAUGCAAAGAGGCAUGGGCACACAGAUGAAUCAAAGUCCAAGCCUCCAAGUGAUGCAGACUCCAAAUAAUCAAAUGAUGCAAACGGGAGAAUUUAACCAGAAAGUGAUGUAUACAGGAGGGAAUGGUUCUCAAAUGAUAGGUGGUACCAGUCCACAGUUAAUUAGUCCCAAUGGUAUACCUCCACCAACUCAUUCUUCAGCAAACAGUUUCCAAAGGUCUCCUAUGCCUUCAGACAAUCAAGUACAUGUUCCAUCCCAGGUGCCACCUUCUUUGACACAAGAACAGAGAUUUCAAAAGAUGAAACAGAUAAGAGCCCAGCAUAUCCGUUCUCAGCAGAUACAAAAUCGUGCACAGCAAGGUGUUGGGUUCGAGCAAGGAUCUAGAAUGCCAGAUGCCAGGACUCAACAAGGGGCAAUAGAGCAGAAUCAUCAUGCCAAUUCAACCCUUGGUCACCCGCAAAUGAUCGCUCCCCAGCCAAUGACUGGUCCUCAGCAAAUGAUUGGUUCCCAGCAGAUGACUGGUCCUCAGCAAAUGAUUGGUCCCCAGCCAGUUAUUGGUCCCCAGCAAAUGACAAGCUCACAGCAAAUGAUUGGUUCCCAGCAGAAAAUGAUGGGUACCCAGCAAAUGGCUGCAUUUAAUAUGGGAGUACUACCUCAUGCUGCCAGACCACAGGGGCCCCAUAUACAACCGAGCACAUACCCUCAACAGAUUCCCAUUUUAGAGCCUCAGGUGCAACAGGGUGUUCAUCUACAUCAAGGUCAGCAAAGGGCUGAGCCUGGAAACAAAGUGCCGACUCCAUAUAUGAUGUCUACUUCGGCAUCUCAACAAACUCAUUUUCAGCAAAAUGGAAUGCAAAGUAAUACAAUGCCAAAAAAUAACUCGGUUCAAAGAACUCCUGUGUAUAACCAAAGUAUGCAAAUGCAGUCAAAAACAACUCCCACUAGUAUGCCGUUGUCUCAGCAUACCCAAAAUAUGCAAAAUCAAGGUCAUGCUAUGAAUCAGAUGCCGUCUGCUGUGGCUUAUAUGACUGAAAGUCAGCAAGGUCAAGGUCACCUUGAAAAUAGGUCACAGUUACAAGCAAAUAUGUCACAUGUGCCUGGAGGUCAAUUUGGGCAAGGUCAUUCUGUUGGAAGAGUUCAAACUACCUUUCAGCAGAACAAGGCAGGUCAAGGUCAGUUUCAGAAUUCCAAUUGGAGGGAUCAGAAUUCUGUGCAUUCGCAAGCAAAUAAUGUUAGUAAAAGUGGACAAAUGACAAUGCCACAACAGCAGUUUUAUACCAUUCCUGGUUUAAAUACUAGUAAUCAAACUGUAGUGCCUCAUUCACAGCCCUCCGUUGCCAUGACAACAUCAACUCAUGUGAUUACCCAGAGUGCAAUUCCUUUGAAUUUAGCAGUCAAUCAAAUAAACCAAUCAGCAGCCACCAAUACUCAGGUAUUACCUUUAGUAUCACAGGGUCGUACGGAAGGUCAAGGUGAAACAAAGGUCGUGGAAGAGGAAGACUUACCUCAUUUACAACAGGUUCAUGGUGAAUGUUUCAUGUGCGGGAAAUACUCCCUCUAUUUGUGCAGUAAUUGCAAGAAAAUCUGGUAUUGCAGUCCAGAAUGUCAGCUUACUCAUUGGCAGACACAUGCAGAUGAGUGUGAAGGUCAGACUGAUUGAAAUAAAAAAAGGGAGACAACUGUGAUAGUGGUAUAAGGUACUCUUCUUUGUGAAGGAAGAAAGUUUGAUGAAAUACUUUCAAUUGAAGAGCUGAAGACAGAAAUAGUUUGUUUGAAGCGUCUGUCACUGCUGGGAAUGUUCUUGAUAAAGGGUUUAAGUUGAUAACUUUGAAAUUGAUACUUGGUUAGAUAUGAUAAAUGGCAGGUUGCCGUGAUUUACUGCAAGAGUUAGUUAUAUUAUAAAUGGCAGGUUCUUGUGUUUUACUGUAUGAAUUAGAUUACAAAGUGAAGAACAUGAGGGAAUUGAGACGAGAUCAAAUAAAUGGUCAUUGAAUUGUGUUUCCAUGGUUACAGACUAUGAAAAUGAUGGAGGGCGUAACUAUAAUUAUGUAAUUGCUAAGCAAGCAAGCGCGAUGUCUGAGGAACCUAAGACAGAUAAUGCUGUAUAUAGGUGGUUGGCAGGAUAAUAUUUCUCCAUAUAGUGGUCCCUGUAUUAACAUGUGUUAUAAUAAUAUAAUUUUGCUCAUAAGAUGAUAUUUUUCUAACAUUUUUAAAUAAUUAAAAAAAGCUAUGUGUUAAUAUAUGUGUUUUGAAGGGUUAUCAUUAUUUAUAUUAAAUGUUUGAAAUAACAAAUUUAAAGACAUACAUUUAAUUAUGUGUACAUGUAUUUUGAAAGUUAAUCACUGUUGUUGUUCUACUGAAUGUUUGAAUUAAUGAGUUAAAGUCAUUAUUCAUAUGAAAACAAUUUUUAUCACACAUAGGCUAUGAUAUGUAAUCAUAUAUCGAUUUUUCCCCGAGAAAGGUUAUAAGAUUUCAGUAUGUUAUUAUUAUUAUUUUAUCCCCAAGAAAGGUAGACAUCAAUUGGUAAUUAUUGUUUUUUACUCCUGAGAAAGAUAGACUAUAAGGAGAAAG